AUGAUCCAGCUCAAGACGCUCGUAAACUGCAUCGACAACUCGGGCGCCGCCAUCGUCGAGUGCGUCAACGUGCUGCGCUCCAAGCGACCAGCCAAAGUCGGCGACCGCAUCGUGGUCGUGGUGAAGAAGCAGCGCAACUUCGGCCCGGAGACGGGCAACAGCGUGUCGGUCAGCGCCGCGAACAAGGUGCGCCGCGGCGAUGUGCGGCACGCGGUCGUGGUGCGCACGGCGAAGAAGUGGCAGCGGCCGGACGGCAGCGUGGUCAAGUUCGACGACAACGCAUGUGUGCUUAUCAACAAGGCCGGCGAGCCGAUUGGGUCGAGGGUCAGUGGCGUUGUGGCUGCUGAGCUGAGGAAGAACCAGUGGUCCAAGAUCCUGUCGCUGGCGCCCAUGCACGUCUAA